CCCGGGUCUCAGGCGCUGUGAGGCAGCAAUGCUAACCACUGUGCCACCGUGCUGCCCACUUGCUUGAAGUUGGACAUUGACCAAUUUGCUCUUGUCCAUUAUAUCUCUACUACUGUACUCCAUUCAGAAGAUCCAAAUGAUCACCUUGCCCAUUAUCCAAAAUCUACAACAAAGAUAAUUUCAAGGUGACAUCUCUUAUUUACAGUUUAAACAUCUGAUCUGUGUUACACAUUUAGAUUUUCCAAUUCUUAUGCCAGUUGGCUAGUUAAGCAGCUUCUUCUCAACUGACUGGUGUCUCCCCUUUCCCACUGUGGGGGCAUUUUGUUUCUAGACCACUUUCUCCUUUUCCUAAGAAACCUCCCUCCUGGUGGGGUUUAAUCCCCUGAAGGUGUGUGGUGAAGUUUCUCAUCCUGUUCAACCAGGGCCAGAGCUUGAACAGGUUCCUCAUCUUCUGCCAGGUUUGAUGGCACGUAACAUUGAUGGCAGCUAUUCUGUGCCCCACCCAAUUUUCCCAUAUCUCUUAGCAUUUUGUGGAACUGGCUUUAUCUGUCACUGAUAAGCACUUGUGUACCUUGGGGACAGGAAGGUCUCGGUCUGGAAAUGUUCUAACAUCUCUCAUUGCCCUAUCGCGUAUUCUGUCAGUUUCACCUUUCCAUCAAAGUAGGCCUUUCUCCGGAUUUUCCUUUUCCUGAUCUUAACUGCUGCAGCUCCCUGGAUAUUUUCUGGGAUCAUCUGCACAAUUUUUUCAUGUGUAAGGGCCUGUACGUUCUUGAGGUCCAACACAAAGGACCUUCCAUUUCCCGCAUCAGACACUCUGUGUUAUACGUGGGGAUAAAUUCUGUGAAACCCGAAAUGGUGUUCGGGCAAAUGGUAGAGCUACAUCCCAGAUUCUGUUCUUUUACUGGACCAUUUUCCUGGUCAUCUCCUUAUGGAUUCUAUUCAUUCACUCCACUAUCCCACUAGACUGGGGCUGAUAUCAAACUUCUGAAUUAUCACAAGCAGCACCAUUACAUUCUGUAGUAAACGUGUACCCUUGUCAGACUCGAUACUUUUCAGUAGGCCCAGCACAUAAUACAUGCUGGAUUAGCUCUGACGUUAGCUGUGUUAUUUUGAGUUGGAAAGCUUCUACCCACUUUGUGGACAUAUCUACAAUAACCAAGAUGUACUUGUAUCCCCUCUGAUGGUGGUAAGGGCCGUUAACAGUCUGAUUGUAGAUUAGUCAAAGCACCCUCUACAGGCUGGUGUGUCUCAAUAGCCCUGUAUUUGUGUACCUCUCUGGAUUGUUCUGGGCAUAGACUAUACAGUUCUAUCCCCAACAGUUUAUAUCCAUUUAAUCCAUCUGGUUGGCACCUCCAAUCCUUAAUGGUCCUGUUUAUUGUGACACUGGUAUAUCAUUUGAUUUCAGUUCCCUAAUGGUACUAUGUUGCUUUCCUUUCUCAAGGACCAAACCAUCUUUAAUCUGGAUCUUAUCCUUUCAUAUUUUGUACAUUUCUGGGUACACUCCACCCCUUAUUUGCUUCAGUUCUCCGUCGCUGUCCUCUGCCUGAAUAAUAAGAUCAUCAAUUUUAACUUGGUUAGUACUGACUGCGUUUAUCAAUUCCGUCUAUAACGGCAGUUGCCACACUUCCAUGGCUUCCUGUUUAGCUAACUCAUCUGCCCUGCUGUUCCAGGCUGGGGAAGGAACGGUGGUGUGCCCACACCUUAAUGGCUCCAUAUUCUCUACCUCAUGUAAAAUAUAUUUCAGUAACUGGGUGGACAGCAAUGGUUUCCCCCUGGCCGACACAAAUCUCACAACGGAUGGAAAUCAGUCAAACUAUUACACACAUACAUGCUAUCUGAAUAUAUGUCUGCUGAAGUGGGGAAUUCAUUAGAGUGGCUUCCUACAUAGACCACGGCUGCCAGUUCUGCAGCCUGCAUGCUCAUAUUACAUGCUCAAGUUUAGUGCUCGUUCUGUCACCUCACGGGCCUCCUUUGCUGGUCUUCUACAUAAAUGCUGCACCCUGUUUUCCACCUUCUGUCCUCUACAAUGAAGAACUAUCUACAAAGAUUUUAAAACUGGCUGGGUCUCCUUGUUGAUGUUCCUGCUGACUUUAACACACCACCACUAUGUCUCUGUAACAUCAGGGUCCAUCAUACUCUCUGUUUUGACUGUUUUCUCCAUUUUUGAUACGACCUUCCUAUAGCAAUUAGACAGGGGUGUGUUUAGUCAGAAUAGCAGAUUAAGCCCUAUUAUACAAGCAAAGUGUUGGACCACUCAAAGCAUUGCCAGGCUCUCAAUGCCUUUAGAGAGAGGUGGGCACCACAGGCGAUACAGUGCUUUAUUUUCCCCAUCCCACUCCAUUUUGGUUUGGUCCCUUCUCUCUUUCCUUACUUCCCCAUCGCUUUUGAUGGUUUGCAUUGCCUUUAACAGCCUUUUUUUAAAAAAAGCCUCAGUGUUUUUGGUGGUGGGAAGGUCGUUCAGGUGUGUAUAACAGCACUCUGGAGUAUAAAAGAAAAGUCUGUCGGGAGAUGCCUUUCACACACUGACAGUCCAUGGUUCACCAGCAUAAGAACCUGGGAAAUGUCUAUCACAGGACUAAGUUUCUUCUAGUAGUCUCUUGUGAUAGUAUGGCCACAAUGUCCUCCCUGUGGCCGCUAAUUCCACAGGAAAAGGUGGUUCCACAUAUGGACUCGCAAAGCUGUUGGUAACGCUAAGUUCAGAGCUGCAAUGGCUUGUGUAUGUUGUUCCUUCCUUACCAGUUGUGCAUUCCUUUUAAAGGUCAGACAAAGGGCUGCCUUUGUAGCAAAACCAUCACUCCGAUAUCUGACAGUACUGUUAUGGACCAGACCAAACCCCUUCAAAAUAUUCAGAAGAUAGUCUAGACCCUAUAUUUUUCUUAGUUUAAAUGUAAAUGCAAGAUGUUGCAUUCCAGAUGCAAUUUGAUUGUUUAAGUACUGGAUUUAAAGCAAAACACACUUUAUUCAUCCGCCAUUCUUCCACAGGCACAAUGUAUUGAUCACAUCAUUUCCAGAAACACUGUAAUGUAAAUCAUCCCUUCAUGGCCAGAUCUGUUGUGAAUCGUUUUUUUAACUGUAGGGAGUAGUCAGAAUUUUAAUUGCAAUGUUCUUAUUGAUUUGUGAAUAGUGGAUGAUAAUGUAAUUCUUUUAUUCUGAAUGACUAGGAAAUGGCCAUGCAAAUGGCUCUGAACGGCAAGGGAUGGGAAUGUAAAUUCCUUACAUUCUACCUGUAAGACAAAGACAUACCACCUUAAGACAGAAGCAAACCACCCUACUCCUGGGGCAUCCAAUUUCUUGCAGGAGAUUAUAAAGGACAGGUUUGCAGGCGAUAAACCCUUGAGCCAAACACCACAUCAGGAGCAGAAUAAGAUUGGCCUUUUAAUAUGCAGGAAGAAAGCACCGCUCACCAUGUGGAAAAAUCGCACACGUGCUCAGAAUGUGGACAAGGCUUCAAUCAAACAUCUGCUCUGUCAAAGCACAAACGCAUUCACGACAUGGGGAGAUAUUCCUGUGGUGAUUGUGAGAAGCGAUUCAAUUCUUUAUCCAACCUGGAUUCUCAUCGGCGCAGUCACUCGGAGGAGAGACCUUAUACCUGCUCCACCUGUGGGAAGGGAUUCACUUGGCCAUCCAGCCUUGCGGCGCACCAGCGAGUUCACACUGGGGAGAGACCAUUCACGUGCUCAAAGUGCGACAAAGACUUCACUUUUUCAUCCAACCUGCUGAGACACCAGCAAGUUCACAGUGAAGAGAGGCCAAUCAACUGCUUUGUGUGUGGGAAGGGAUUCAAAAAUUCAGCUGGCCUGCGGAAGCACGAGGUCAUUCACACCGAUGAGAAACCAUUCAAGUGCUCCGAUUGUGGAAAGAGGUUUAAGCAGUCGUACCACCUGCAGGCACACCAACGCAUUCACACCAGGGAGAAGCCGUUCAGCUGCUCAGAGUGUGGGAAGGGAUUCAGUCAGAACAGUAACCUGAUGGAGCACCAGUGGAUUCACAAGGAGGAGAAACCUAUUAAAUGCCCUGAAUGUGGAAAGGGGUUUACUCAUUCCUACCGCUUGAGAGUGCAUCAGCUCGUUCACACGGCCUCAUAAAGAGUCUGGAAAACGUCAUGAACGACUCGGGGUGGACUACAAGCUUGUGUAUUGCUUUAUCAUUUUGCUGACGCAAGUUUAAAUUGUAUUAAGAUGCUGUACCAGAGAGCCAAUUACAGAGGGACAACUUGGCUCCGUUGACCAAUAGUAAUCAAAGGGGGAGCAUACGCGCUCUGAGCUUGAAGUGUAUAAUUAAGACAUUCUGAAGCUUUUAAUGUGCCCUUUUUGCCUUUGUGCCUUGUUGCUGUCUGCUGUAACUGAGCUGUAAAUCGCAAUAUAGAUCACCUGAAUACGUCCCACGACUCAGACUCUCAUUAAAAUAUGAGAUCUAACAGUAAGCUGUCAUAACUGUGGUGAAUUAUUGUAAAACAAAUGGAAAAUAAAUGUAAUGCUUGUA